AUGUUGUCCGCCAUCGCCGUCGGCCUUCUGGCCUUCGCGGCUUCCGAGACUGUUGCUACUCCCCAGCCGCAACCCAUCGCCCUCCAGUCCCGUCCGACACCGAAAGGCCACGCGACUGGCAUCCGUCGCCGUGCGCUCUCAGCAAUCGGAGUCCCGCUGGAGGACUUCUUCCUGGGUACGGAUUUGCAGUGGUUUGGUAAUAUCUCCGUUGGCACGCCGCCGCAAGACGUCAGCGUCGUGUUCGACACUGGCUCUUCCUCCCUUGAGUUCGCGACGGAUGAGUGCACGUCCUGCACUCAGACCGGCAAGUUCCUUCGCAACCGGCGUGGGGUGGAUCCAGUCGUGAACAACGAUUAUGUUCUCACCGUCAAGCAGGCGACAGACUCCGUCACGGUCGGCAAUAUCACUGCGAAGAACUUGAGCUUCUUCACUAUCACGAAACAGACUCCCAAAUUCAACCUCGACCCUUUCCUCGGCAUUCAAGGAAUGGGGUCUAGUGCUGAGGGAAUCUUUGCCUUCCUCGUGAACCAAGGGCUCCCUUCCCUGUUCAGCAUGUUCUUGACUCCAAACGCCGUUGGGAAUGCCGAACUGCUGAUCGGUGGUAUCGAUAACACCAAGUUUAAAGGCAAUCUCGUAUAUACGGAAAACACUGGAAGUGGGGACUGGGAGGCAACAGCUUCACGAAUCUCUGUCAACGGCAAGACGAGCUCUGUCCUCAACAAGCGCUUGAACAUCGUCUUCGACUCCGGCACCUCCAACAUCCUCUUCAGCACCUCCAUCGCCAACGCUAUGUACGCUUUGAUCUCGCCCAACAUCAAGCCCUUCGCCGCCGAGCCUGGCGCAUACGGUAUCCCCUGCUCCCAGAUUGGCGGCCUGCCUGCUGUCAUCGACCUCACCUUCACCGACCUCAACGGCACCCCCUUCAACCUCACGAUCCCGAGCUCGGAGCUCAACGUCGGGCCGUUCGAUAGCGACCCUUCGACAUGUCAAACGCUCAUCAAUGCCUUUGACGGCCUCGACCUCGUGGGCGGUUCGGUUUUGAAGCACUACUAUUCCGUUUGGGAUAUUGGCAACCAGCGCCUCGGCUUUGCGCCCAACGGUUUCUAG